UAUCAUCUCAGAGCAACGGUACCAUCAUGAGCUCUACGGGCCUGCGGCGUUGGAUAGCUCAAAAGGCAACAUACACCAGCACUCGAGUUUGAGGGAAGAUGUGCCAGCUUUACCGAUGCUGUGGGACUCCCUUGAGUCCGAAACUGAGAGUUUGGUACUGGAGAAGGAGUACCAACUAGAGCUUCAGAUGCGCAUCGCACAUGACGGUGACCGCCUGUCUCCUGAGAACUUCAAACAGCAACAGACUGACAGUGAGGAAUCAGAAUACAGUGACGAACAAAUUGAUGUCUAUGAUAGUCUACGAGGUUUGAAACCAAGACCAGUGAAAGGACCACAGACCACUGAAAGACAUGGGACAUUGAGGCAAACACCCUCUGAAGAUGAAUACGCUGACUUGCGCUAUGAUCCAAACUGGAGACGGAAUCUGGAAGGCGGCCAAUUCCUCAACCAGCUAGACACAAGACAAUCACUGGACUCAAUUGAGGAGUCUGAAGAUGGUCUUGAACCUUUGGAAAAUGUGCCUGUACGUGAAAGGCAAGAAUAUAACAUUGUCAGUAAUUCAUCGCCAGCACUGAUGGACACCACUCUGUCCCCAGCACCUUCGACCCCUUUCCAUCUGCACCCACAACAACCAACGUUUGGUCAAAAAGACAUUCUUAACCCCUCAGACUCAAAAAGUGAUGACCGAGAACACCUGCAUGUUGAAGUGAAACAAAGAUCUGUUCCACCCCAGAAAAGAACCUCUCGACAUCCUUCUGAUCUGUGGCCAAUCAAAGCAAGGGAAGAUAUUGUGGAGCGAAACAAGGCAACUCUUGGUAUCAACACACACAAGCAAGGCUCUUAUCUGAGGGCCCAUCAGAAAAAAGAAGAUAAACCAGAUGAAACCAAGCAACCCAGGCAAACCUCCUAUGAGACUGUUAACACUUGUAGCCCGGAGAGUCAAGACAAUGUGCGGAAUCCCGAGCUGAUGUGGCUCCAGCAAACACAAAAACUGAAGCAGAGUCAUAAAGAGAGGAAGGAUCCAAAGAAGAGAGAGAGAACCAACAACCAAUCAGUUCAGUUCAAGUCUCAGGUUCCUGAAGCCAAACCCAAACCUGGAGGGCACCUUAAACCAGUUACAGAGAGAUGUGUCAUCAGCACUGAUAACCAACCCCAGUUGCACUCUGAGGAUCAUAUGUUUCCAGAUGCUCCAGUGGCCUACAGCUACACCCAUGAUCCACCUCAACAUUUUCAGUCCGAUCAUCCUUCUCUUUCUAAUACCCCAACAGUCAACCUUAACAUAAACCUCCACUCACCUGCCAAUCAUGCACAGCCACUAAAUCAUACUCAGCAAGAGACAGUUUUUACCCUUGUUUCUCAAGCACUGCAAUUGGAUAGGCGUGAUCUGUUCAACCCACCCCUCCUCCGACCAGGUUAUCCAUUUCAACUCUCAGUGCCUUCUAAUGCAGUAAGGCAGGUGGGCUUGGCUCCACAAGCAGUUGUAUCUUCCCCAGUCCCCCACUCUGAAGUAGUACACAGGCAAUACACUGUGGACAGAAGUGUUACUAAGGGCUUAGGACAGUGGCGUGUUGGGAAACCUUUCCCUAAUGCAUUUGAGAAUGAAUCAUCCAAGAAUCACAACAGAUUGAGGAUACCUGUGCUAAGAUUUCCCACAUCUCCUCAAGUGGAGGCCAGUCACUAUCCAUCCCAUCUUAUGCCCACGGAUGAGGAGAGUGUGGGACCCUGUGCACAUCCAACACAGCUCUCUAGUGCUUACACAGUGCUGCCCCCCAUAACAAGAGCUAAUGUCAGCGACACUGAGAUAUGCUCUGACAGAUCUGAGCGGCAGCUGAAUCCAAUCCACAGAAGCUGCUCAGAAGGCUACCUUUCACAAAUGGAAAGACACAGACAGAUGAAAGAUAAAUCAAAUUAUAAGGUUUAUACACUGAAGGACUACAAAAACAUGAAACAGGAGGUGAAGCUUGGAGGACUUGGCCCAACAAACACAAUACCAGAAGCUAUGGCAGAGAAAAUUAGACGACAGAAGCUGUAUUCAAAUGUGAUCCGCGAACAGAACAAGAAGAUAAGUAGGAUUCCCUCUCUGCUGGCCGAGGACCCAGUGGGCAGUGACAACAAGGACAACGUUCCCAGGAGGAAAGCUUUAGAAUAUGCCAAAACUAUAGCAAAGCCCAAAGCCCCUCAAAAGUUAAAGGACACAUCCCGAGAGAAGAAUGUGAGCAUUCAGGCUCAAUAUCUGGAAGAAAUGGACCCAACACAAAUGGCCACUCUGGAGAUGCUGAGACGGCAUGAGGAAGAGAAACGGGCUGUGGCUCAAAUCAAAACCAUUCAUGCAAUUUAAUGGAGACUUUAUUUGGUUUAGAUUAGUAAUAAAAAUCAAACAUGUCAGCUGUAUGACACAUGCGUUGGUUAGAAUAACUGCACUUGUGAAUAGUCUUAACAAUGACCACUUGUGUUGGAUAUCUCUUUGUUGAUUCUAUGUGUGUAUCUACAGUAUACAUAUUUCUGUUUAUUGUAAUCCAUUUGCAAAGCACUGGAAGUGGAACAGGUGUGUACCACAUAAUCAACUGUGUACUAAUUCCAAAAACAAUUUUUAGAUAUAAAGAAGUCUCAAAAGAAAUGUUAUGGGGUUUUGUUGCUUAGCUAUUUUCCCCUUGUUUCAAUUGGUCUGUGCACAAGAGCACCAAUCUCUUCAAGCACACCUGGAUGCACCGUUAACCCAGUCCUAACGUGCCGUUUUCUGUCAGUUCCCAGCCAUUAGUCUGAUUAUAUCCACUUUCGCCUGCCCUUUUCUUUCAGAGAGAGAAAAAAAUAGGUCAAAUAAGGAUGACACUUUGAAGCUACCCUUAUUAGAGCCCACAAACUUGUUUUCUGUAUUUUAGAGUGAUAAUUUCCCCCCCUAAAACAAGCUCAAGCACCUAUUUUUUUAAUGGAAGCUUUAGAUCGUUAUCAAAGAGCUAUUUACUCCUAUGUAAUAUUUUAAUUAGAUUAUAGCCUCUAUUUAACCCAUCAUGUAUGCUUUGAUACUCUGUGUUUUCAGUGUUAAGCCGCAGAGGCGAGGCUAAUAAAUGCUGGACCUUUUGAAUUAAUGAGAAAUGCUGGCUUUCCAGACCAACACUCUUUGCAUCUUUCUCUCUCUCUCUCUCUCUCUCUCUCUCUCUCUCUCUCUCUCUCUCUCUCUCUCUUUCCUGCCAUUGAAAUCAGUUAAUUGAAGGGGUCUCUCUCAACCACACAUGAAGGAGGUUGAAUUAGCAUCCCUUUUUACGGAUUGGGAGACUGAGGCAGGCUUUGAUCUGUGGACAGUGCUGAAGGAGGCGGCAGACCCCUGAAAAUGAGCUGAUGGCUCUGCUAUUAGAGCAACAUGCAGAUGCGUCCAUGUGUUGCAAAACGCUUAAUCUUUUAAUUGAUCACCUUCCGCACGGCCUAUUCUCUUUCAGUGUUUUAUUUUCCCCGGCUUAAUCAGAAUCACGUUUUGAAAACGACAUGAAUUGCUUUUCAAAGGGUGGAAGUGUGCCACGUACCCUGUAAGAGGGUAUCCUGUUUAAAAAGAAGAAAAAAGGCCUAUAACAGAAUACAGUCUAAAUAAAUGCGAGCUACCCCUUGCUGCACGUGUUAAUGUAGUAAACAUUUGAUUUCAAAAGAUUUAAACUUAAGAAUUAUUUUCUAAUUUAGUCAUUAAAAAAAUAAAAAAGUGGUCAGUUGAGCCGCACAGUAUGCAUACUUUUGGACCAGUCUAAUAACUUAUAUUACAGCUAGCAAAACUGUAACAAGUGCAUUGUUGUUAGACUAAUAUAAUGUCAGUCUUUUGUAAAUCGCGAAAGGUAAAGCGACGUCAAAUAGGACAGAUAACCCAGUGAAUGAGUGGAGGCAUUAUGAAUCAGAAUUUAACAUAGGUGAAAGACCGGUCAAUAAUAUAUAUGAUGUAAGUUUGAUAUAAGAACAAACUGGUGUCUAUCAACAAUUCCAACAAUCCCAUCCCCUUCUCUCUCUCUCUCUCUCUCUCUCUCUCUCUCUCACACACACACACACACACACACACACACAUACCGACCGUGCACUAUCCACCCAAUUUCAAAAAUAUCCUUAUCAUACCUGUACUAGUUGCAAUAAACCCUUAGUUAUAAUUGUAAUAGAUAUUUAAACAACAAUUUUGGCAAAACUGUGUUAUUAAUUUUGUUUGUGCAAAUAUUGCCUUUGGAAAAUAAACAACACAUGAAAAAGCAAACCUGUCUUUACCUUGUGCAUUCAUGGGUGUAUGUGU